AGUUUGGCAUGCCUUCCCAUAAGGCGCGAUCACAUUCUCGUGACUCGUCCCGUUUGCAGCCAUGUCCCACUCUUCACCUUCCCGCGUUAACGAGACCUACGAUGCAGUUGUGAACAAAGCUGAUGCUGUCAGUGAGCCUAGUAGUCCGACUGGAUCAGUCGCUACCACGGCUGCUAGCUCCGUUGUUGUUGGAGGUGGAGGAUAUAACGCAAUGGAAAAAGGCAUUAGUUUGGGGUCAUUCUUCAUGACCGCAUUGAAUGCGAUGAUAACAAUUGGUCUCUCCGUGCCCUUCAUGUUCACCACCGCUGGUUGGUUGUCCAUAGUAUUCCAAAUAGUCGCCGCUUCAGCAAUUUUCCUAUGUGUGUUACUCGUCAGAGCUUGUAUUGACAACCCCAAGAUCAAAAAGUAUGGCGAAGAGCAUCAUGUUCCUGUCUUCGAGAGGGAGUAUGCUUUCCUGGCUGGUUAUUGUGGAGGCAACACCGGCCGAACGGCCGUCACAGUGGUUGUCUCUCUCGAGUUCUUCUUCACAUUGGCCGCCAACAUAAUCGCCAUUGGUACAUGUGCCAACAUGUUGGUUAAGGAGAUGAGCAUCGAGGUGUGGAUCAUCAUCUUUGCCGCCCUAUCACUGUCUUUUGUACUCCUCCCUUGGUUCAACGAGAUAUCCCGUGUAAUGGGUAUCGCAGGAGCCUUCGGAGCCGUCCUUGGCGCCGCGCUUUGGGUCGCAUCUUCCAUCAUGAUUCUUCCUGAAACCAACAUUGAAGCUAAUCUAAUCCCGAAAGCCCCUUACCCCUCCAACUUGAUCACUGCACUUGGGAUAGCAGUGUUCUCCUCUGGAGCAGCACCGUCUUUGCCACCCUUCUAUGGUGUUGUUAAGAAUGCUACUCCUCGAAAGAUCGAUCUAUGUAUUCUCCUCGCGCAGAUAGUCUCUGUGCUCUACGUGUUCAUGUUGGGUAUUGCCGGAAUGCAGAUAUGUGAUGGAUCAUGUGAACAGUUCUACCUCGUAGAUCUCCUGAGCUAUCCGACCAGUGUUAUACCUAGCUGGUUCAUGUAUUGGAUCGUCAUAGUGCAACUAGUCCGCAUCUUUGCGAUGAGCCCGGUAUUGCUUGUUCCUAUCAUGGUCAGCACUGAGGGCAUGAUCUCAUCGGCUAUGCAAAGAUUCAGCUGGGGACCGAGUAUGUUAAAGCACAACGCUUGGAGAUUCACCUGGAGGAUAAUUAUAGUCGCGGCUAUCGCGAUCACCUCCAUAGGCGCCCAGGCAGAGAUAGCCUACAUUCAGGCCAUUGCCGGCACCUUGUUAUGUUCAUGUGAUCUCUUUCUCUUCCCUCUCUGGUUCUACUUGGUUAUUGAGCAGCCGAAGGGUUCCAAGCGUAUCCUCGCAUGGAUCGGUGUUGUUCUAGCUGUCGCCUUCGCCAUCGUGGGCACGGUCUUUUCGGUCAUGGGCAUGUUCGUUUAAGCAGGUUGCUUCCGGCAUGCUAGUCCAGCCUCGGUUGGUUUAUGGUCCUUAUUUCUUUUGCUUAUCUGAAUCUUUCGCCCUUUUAUGGAAGACCUCCAUUGAUGAUACCUGACUUGACCCAAUGCGUCACUAUGAUGAUUGGUCGAGCUCGCUGUUUUCCGCAUUCUAUGUCUUUGUCUAUGGUGGGAAUCUGAAUGACUCUUGCAGCUUGUCACACCUCUCGGAGGUCCAGCUGUAUAUCUCGUUUCUUGUGACAUUCAUUAUUCCCUUUCCCGAGAUGAAUAGACAAUGAUGUACUCUGUACUGGUAGCUGUAAUCGGGUUGUACUCAUAGGCUACCAGUUGUAUCUGGGUGGCUCUAUAUCCCACUAGCGCUAACGCAAUAGGAUAAAAGUCGGCUACCUGUCAUUAUGAUGUUACACGGUAGUGUUACGAAUUGCGUGAUGCGACCUCUUAUCCCAGUACUGCUUAUCGUUCCUGUUCUUGCGAUCGUAAAG